GUCAGGAUUCCACACCCAUUUUAUACACAAACUCCUCUUUGUAUUUCUUGUUUGACUGGGUGGAUGAAAGACUUUGGGAUUAUGAGCUUUUGAAAUGAUGACUUUCGGUUGAUAAAAAAAACAAAAAACAGUCAUACAGUUCUACAGUCAUUCUAAGUUUCCCCCUAUGCCUGUAUAUCUAUAAUAUCUGCGUCAUAGCUUGGCAAUGAUCAUUUUAUAGGCUACCAUCAAAGUAAUACCUUCACAUUAAAGUGUUUGGUUAUCAACAUUAUUAAUUGCCAUAUUAUUAAGGCUCAUGUUACUGUGAUACUUCCUGUGUCACAACGACUGUGACUUAUCAACCUUUCCACUUUCGUUUCGUGAUGAAGUCGCAUCAAAGCAGUCGUCAAGAUUGUGCUGUUGUAUUUCACACACAAAUCACGACCGUGGCCCCUGUUUAUUUUCACACACAGUAGUUACACAUGCAAUAGUGAUGGAAGUGGAAUGCUGUGGCAUCACCAUCAUGACAACAGACAAUGACUUACUAUUGGUCUCCGCCCCUCUCACACAGUUGGCUCUUUUCCUCAUUCAAGGCACCUUCCACUGUCAUUCAUAUGUUGUGAAGUAACAACAUGCAAUUCCUGUUUGUUCUCUUUCUCUCAGAGGGUGUAUCUCCUGUGGGAAGACAGAGAAUCUUCUUGCAAGGUGAUGAUGGAGCCACUGGAUUAUUAACACGGACCAUCAUUGUUGGUUAUUGAAACAGAUGAGAAGUGAGCCCUCACUCAAAACAGUUGAAUGGCGAGGUUGUACUGUCGCUGGCGGAGGGUGGUAUUGUGCGUGUGCACGCUGUUCACCAGUCUGGUCCUGCUCUUCCUCUAUGUUGGCAUCUUGGUGACUAUGGGCAUGGUGGACACGACAACAUCUGGUACGGAUAGGGAUCAUUUUAUUGCACCGGGUGCUUCGAGAAACAACGGCUAUGCCCCAUGCUCUCAAACUUUCUGGCAGAACAACCAGCAUGGGAACGCCUUCUGGAACAAUCUCCAGCUGGUGGUUGACUACCGUUUUAACCCCAUAAUGAGCCUCCACAACAGCAGCAGGUCAUGUAACAAAAGAACAUUCUAUGAGUCAGUACGGAGGCAAAGCUUUUCUAAAGUUAAGGGUAUGUUAAACUCAGAUGAGCUGCCAGAGAUGCUGCAAGACUUUGUGAGCUCCAUGCACAGGAGGGACUACUCAACCCUCAUACAGCCAAAUGGACUAUGUGGAGCUGGGGCAACAGAUGAGAAGGAGGCCCCUUUGCUUCUUCUGGCCAUCAAGUCAACAGACCUUAACUUUGAGAACAGACAAGCCAUUAGAGAGACGUGGGGCCAGGCAGGGUGGGUGUCAGGGCAGAAUAGCAAAAGAAAAGGCAGUGGAGGAUACGUCCGCAGGAUCUUCCUGAUGGCCAGCAACGGUCAGCCACCCUCUUCAGAGUUAUUGGCAGAGAGUACACUUUAUGGAGACAUUCUGCAGUGGGACUUUAAGGACACGUUUUUCAACCUCUCUUUGAAGGAUGUGCUCCUCUGGAAGUGGUUCUCACGUUACUGCAGCAGGACCCGUUUUGUCUUCAAAGGAGACGAUGAUGUCUUUGUCAACACAGUGAAAAUGAUAACUUAUCUCCGCGACCAACUUCAGAGGCCACAAGCAGAAAAGAGAAUGAAAACCUUCAUGGUUGGAUAUGUGAUAGGAGGAACAUCACCCAUAAGAGAUGAUUCAUCCAAAUACUUCAUCCCUGACAAUUUCUACACAGGAGUCUAUCCUGCAUAUCCAUGUGGGGGAGGGUUUCUUUACUCAGGCGUGUUGGCAAAACGUCUGUACCAAGUAUCUAAAAGGGUUCACCUCUUCCCUAUUGAUGAUGCGUACAUAGGUAUGUGUAUGAUUCGGCUGAACAUCUUCCCAAUACACCACCCUGCCUUCCUCAUAUAUGGCUUUCCUGGAAAGGAUGAAGAAGCGCAGUGUUCAUACCACACAAUGCUGAUGAUCCACAAACGAAGUCCCAGUGAGAUGCCUGAUCUUUGGGCUCACUUAAGGAAGACAGAGGAGGAAUGUUGGGAUGCUCCCCUGAGGAACGUGUAUAUUGCACAACAUUUGUGAAAUGAUUUUGGUGCCAGAUGUUGUUUUUCAUUAACCAGAGAGAAACAUGGAGGGGAUGUUGUAACCUGUGAUGUCUGUAUUUAUCGUUUGUUCACAUACACUAUGUUGUUUAUGUUCGGGGGGGUUAUGUUUGAUUGUUGGCCAAUUAGUGGGCUGAUUAGCUUUGGAAGGGUCUGGAUAUGAUGAAUGUGAAUUUUAAUGGUCAUUUUUCAGUGUUAAACUUUGACUUACUGGCUUCAGCCAGAUGAUCCACAUAACCAGUCCAGACCACAUACGCUGUAACUGAUGGUUGCUAAAGGGCUGGUUCUAUACUGUAAUGUGUCAAAUGAUCCCAGAUGAUGUAAAUUGCUUUUUGUAGAGUUUAUUAUUUAAUUCAUUCUUAUUUAGUCACAGUCUGUCCUGCUUAGUAAAUCCAAGAAACAAUGUGAUUUUAUUUAUUAUCCAUAUCCAAAUGCAUACUGAACCAGAUGAGCACAUGCAAGUAGUAGACAGCAAAUUAUCCUGAAAUAACUUCUGCUUAGUGUGUGUGUGUGUUUUGUUUUUACUUCUAAAAACAUUAAAGUCUUUUUCC